AUGGAACUGGCUUGGCAUAUAGCCUUUGUUCUUCUGUCCAGCGUUCCCUGCUGGGGGCUAGACGGGGAAUCCACUCGCAAUUUCAUUAUAGUUGCUGGCCCUUUUCCCAGUGACUUGGUUCAGGAUUCAAAUCAUUCAUUAAGUGAGCCGGGGUCUAACCUCAUAGCAUCUAGCCUGGAUGCUGACAUCUGCAGCCAACCAUCAAUUGGCACCUUGUCCAGAUACUUUGGCAGGCUCCAUGCCAGUGGGGUGACCCACUAUAAGAUCUUUCUUCCUUGGGUACGACUCCUCCCAACGGGAAACUCCAAGGAGCCGGCCGAGAGCACAGUUCAGUGCUACAGAAGGCUUCUUGAGGCCCUCCAGGCUGCUCAGCUUCAGGCGGUGGUGAUCCUGCACCAUGGAACCUUUCCCAGGCAGGCGUGGGCCUCCCCACGCGGAGCCUGGAGCAGCGACCUUUUCCCUGGCCUCUUUGCAGACUAUGCUCUAUUUGCCUUCCACUCCUUUGGGGACCUGGUAGACAUCUGGCUCACUUUCAGUGACUUGGGGGCAGCGAUGGAGGACCUUCCCCCCCAGGAAUCCAGGUCUACUCGUCUUCGGGCCAUCAUCGGUGCCCACCGAAAAGCCUAUGAUGUCUAUCAUGAGAAGCUCGCUUCUCUGGGUGGAAAAGUGUCUGUGGUGUUAAAAGUUGAAGAAAUCUCUGAAUACUUAUUGGGCUCCUCACAGUAUCCUCUUAUCAAGGAUUCCAUCGAUUUCCUUUCUCUUGAUUUGCUGAGUGAUUGCCAAAGCGAGGCAGGUCCACCACAGGAACUGAGUGGACUGCAGGCCGUCCAUCCCCAAGUGGAGGUGCUCAUCUUCCGCCUGCAGCUCCAGCACUGCGCCCCCUCGAGGGAGAAAUCCGCUCGGCUCCUGUUUGACACGCUGGAAGCCAUAAAUAAAGACCAAGUGCUGACCAUUGGGUUUGAUGUCAAUGAAUUCCUAGAGUGUCCUUCCGGUGCCAAGGAAAGCCUGUAUUGUUCCCUGCCUGUCAGUCUGCCUGGCCAGGCUCAAGAGCGGGAGCAGAGCAGAGGGGCAGCCGUCUCUGGGACGCUUACCUCCGCCUACAGGACAGUCUGGCAGAGGUUUGCCAACCAGUCGGAGGCAGAGAGAGACUCGUUCCUGCGAGACGUUUUCCCGCGAGGCUUUCUCUGGGGCGCCUCCACGGGAGCCUUUCAUGUGGAGGGAGCCUGGGCGGAGGAUGGCAAAGGAGAAACUAUCUGGGACAGGUUUGGACGCCGGGGCCUCGCGGAGAACGGAGCGGCGCCGGACGUGGCCAGCGACAGCUACCACAAAGUCCAGCACGACGUGGCGCUCCUCCGAGGCCUCCGGGCUCAGGUCUACAAGUUUUCCAUCUCCUGGUCCCGCAUCUUCCCUACAGGCUACAAGAGCAGCGUCAACCCUCGGGGUGUCGCCUACUAUAACAAGCUGAUUGACAGUUUGUUGGACUCCCACAUCCAACCAAUGGCGACUUUGUUCCACUGGGACCUCCCCCAGGCCCUGCAGGACCACGGAGGCUGGCAGAACGGGAGCGUGGUGGACGCCUUCGUGGACUAUGCAGCUUUCUGCUUUGCCGCCUUUGGGGACCGGGUGAAGCUGUGGGUGACCUUUCACGAGCCUUGGGUGAUCAGCCACGCGGGCUACGGCACCGGGCGCCACGCUCCAGGCAUCUCCGACCCGGGAGGAGCCUCUUUUAAGGUGGCUCACUCCAUCCUCAAGGCUCAUGCCAAGGCUUGGCAUCAUUACAGCCGCCAUCAUCGUCCCAAGCAGCAGGGGAAGGUGGGGAUUGUGCUGAAUGCAGACUGGGCUGAGCCCUUCUCCCCAGAGGAGAUGGCGGAUGUGGAGGCAGCAGAGCGCUACCUGCACUCCAUGCUGGGCUGGUUUGCCCAUCCGCUCUUUGUGGACGGGGACUAUCCGGCCACCCUCCGCGCCCAAAUCCAGCUAAAGAACAGGCAGUGUGCCGGCGUCGUGGCCCAGAUCCCCCCCAUCAGCGAGGAGGAGAAGCUCCUCUUGAGGGGAUCCUCCGACUUCCUGGGCCUGUCCCACUACACCUCGCGCCGGAUCAGGGAUGCUCAGGACUCCUGUGCCCCGGGCUACGACCGCCUCCGGGGCUUCUCCCAGCACGUGGACCCCGCCUGGCCACAGACCUCGUCCCCGUGGCUCCAGGUGGUCCCCUGGGGGCUCAGGAGACUCCUGAGCUUUGUGUCCCUGGAAUAUACCAAAGGGGACGUCCCCAUCUACCUGGCUGGCCACGGGCUGCCCGUCGAGGCAGGCAGCAGCUUCGAGGAUGCCGCGAGGAGAGACUAUUUCCAACUCUAUGUCAAUGAGGUGCUCAAAGCUAUCAAGUUGGACUUGGUGGAUGUUCGGUCCUACAUUGUUCGUUCCCUCAUCGAUGGCUUCGAAGGCCCAUCAGGUUACAACCAGAGAUUUGGCCUACACCAUGUGGAUUUCAAAGAUGGCAGCAGGCCUAGAACUCCCAGGAAGUCUGCCUAUUUUUUCUCUAGCCUUAUUGAAAAGAAUGGCUUCCUGACUAAAAAGAAAGACAGAGCCUCUCGGCUACUUUACAGCCCUCCCCCCAAAAUUCCUGUUACUCUGGGACCCUCAGAAGUUCCUUCCAAGGCGAAGGUGGUUUGGGAAAAGUUCUCUAGCCAACCCAAGUUUGAAAGAGAUCUCUUCUACCAUGGAACUUUCCGGGAUGACUUCCUUUGGGGGGUAUCCUCUUCUGCCUAUCAGAUUGAAGGCGGCUGGGAUGCAGAUGGCAAGGGCCCCAGCAUUUGGGAUAACUUCACUCACACCCCAGGGAACAAUGUGGUCAACAAUGACAAUGGAGAUAUAGCUUGUGAUAGUUACAAUAAAUUGGAGGAGGACCUUAACAUACUGAGAGCUUUGAGAGUCAAAGCCUACCGCUUCUCUCUCUCUUGGUCUCGCAUUUUCCCAACGGGGAGAAUUGAUUCCGUAAACAAAUAUGGGGUUGACUACUACAACCGGCUCAUUGAUGGUUUGGUGGCAAGCAGCAUCAUCCCCAUGGUGACGCUGUACCACUGGGACCUGCCCCAAGCCCUGCAGGACAUUGGUGGCUGGGACAACCCUUCCUUGAUUGAGCUGUUUGACAGCUAUGCAGACUUCUGUUUCCGCACUUUUGGCGAUCGGGUCCAAUUCUGGAUGACAUUUAAUGAACCCAUGUAUGAGGCGUGGCUGGGGUAUGGUGAAGGCGUAUUUCCGCCCGGGGUGAAGGAUCCCGGCUAUGCGCCCUAUAGAAUUGCCCACACCAUCAUCAAGGCUCACGCAAGAGUCUACCAUACGUAUGAUGAGAAGUACAGGGAGAGUCAGAAGGGAGUCAUUUCCCUGAGCCUCAGCACCCACUGGAUGGAGCCCAAGUCACCCAACUUGCCGGGAGAUAUUGAAGCGGCUGAUCGGGCUCUUCAGUUUAGCUUGGGCUGGUUUGCCCACCCCAUCUUCAGAAAUGGAGACUACCCAGAUGCCAUGAAGUGGAAAGUAGGGAAUAGAAGUGAGCUACAAAAUUUAGCCACUUCUCGCCUCCCCAGCUUCACCGAGGAAGAAAAGAGAUACAUUAGAAACACGGCGGAUGUCUUCUGUCUCAACACCUACUCUACCAAGAUCGUGAAACACAGAACCCCCCAGCUCAACCCUCCUUCUUAUGAAAAUGACCUGGAGAGGACCGAGGAGGACGAUAAUUCUUGGCCUUCGACGGCUGUCAACAGAGCAGUGCCCUGGGGGAUGAGAAGGGUCUUGAAUUGGCUCAAAGAAGAAUAUGGUGACAUUCCCAUUUAUGUUACUGAAAACGGGGUAGGACUCAAGAAAUCUCAAAUUGAGGACAUAGAUAGGAUAUUUUUUUUCAAAACCUACAUCAAUGAAGCUUUGAAAGCCUACAAUCUGGAUGGUGUCAACCUCCAAGGAUACAUGGCUUGGUCCAUGAUGGACAACUUUGAAUGGUUGCAGGGCUAUAGUGUCAAGUUUGGACUCUACCAGGUAGACUUUAAUGACACCAACAGACCCCGUACUGCAAGAACUUCAGCCAGAUACUACACAGAAGUUAUCAACAACAAUGGCAUGCCACUGGACAAAGAGGAUGAGUUUCUGUAUGGAGAGUUUCCUAAGGGCUUUGUCUGGAGUGCAGCCUCAGCUGCCUAUCAGAUUGAAGGUGCCUGGAGAGCUGAUGGCAAGGGUCUCAGUAUCUGGGACACAUAUUCUCAUACUCCACUGAGGAUUGAGAAUGACGACACUGCAGACAUUGCUUGUGACAGCUAUCAUAAAAUCCAAGAGGAUGUGGUGGCCCUUCAGAAUCUUGGCGUGUCCCACUAUCGCUUCUCCAUCUCCUGGACUCGAAUUCUCCCUGAUGGAACCACUAGACAAAUUAAUGAAAAGGGGCUAAACUACUAUGAAAGGCUCAUUGAUGCACUACUGGCAGCCAGUAUUAUGCCUCAGGUUACUCUAUACCACUGGGACCUGCCCCAGGCACUUCAGAAUGUCGGAGGCUGGGAGAAUGAUACUAUAGUGCAGAGGUUUAAGGAAUAUGCAGAUGUGCUCUUCAGAAGGCUGGGAGAUAAAGUGAAGUUCUGGAUCACUCUCAACGAGCCCUAUGUCAUUGCCAAUCUGGGCCAUGGCUAUGGAACAGCAGCUCCAGGUAUUUCCUUUAGACCAGGCACUGCUCCCUACAUCGUUGGCCAUAACUUACUAAAGGCGCAUGCCGAAGCCUGGCACCUGUAUAAUGACGUCUACCGAGCCAAGCAAGGAGGGCUGAUUUCCAUCACCAUCAGCAGUGACUGGGCAGAGCCCAGAGACCCUUCCAAACAAGAAGAUGUGGAAGCUGCCAGAAGAUAUGUCCAGUUUAUGGGAGGCUGGUUUGCCCAUCCCAUUUUCAAGAAUGGAGACUACAACGAAGUCAUGAAGACUCGGAUUAGGGACAGGAGCCUGGCAGCAGGACUCAGCAAAUCCAGGCUCCCAGAGUUUACUGAAGAAGAAAAGAGAAGGAUCAACGGCACGUUUGACUUCUUUGGCUUCAAUCAUUACACCACGAUCUUGGCUUCUAACUUGGAUUACCCAAACUACAUCUCUUCCUACGAUGCAGACAGGGGAGUGGCUUCUAUAGCAGACCGAUCUUGGUCAGAUUCCGGCUCCUUCUGGCUGAAGAUCACCCCCUUUGGCUUCAGAAGGAUCCUGAAGUGGUUAAAGGAAGAGUAUGGCAACCCUCCAAUUUAUAUAACAGAGAACGGGGUUUCUGAACGGGGAACCUCCAGCCUCAAUGACACCAUCAGAAUCUAUUACCUCCGGAGUUACAUCAAUGAAGUCCUCAAAGCUAUCCAGGAUAAUGUGGAUAUCCGUGGCUAUACCGUCUGGAGCCUGAUGGACAAUUUUGAGUGGGCCACUGGCUUUACAGAGAGAUUCGGUCUGCAUUUCACAAACUACACUGACCCCUCCAUCCCAAGGAUCCCCAAAGAAUCUGUCAAGUAUUACGCCUCUGUAGUCAGGUGCAACGGCUUCCCGGACCCAGCCCAUGGGCCACAUCCCUGCCUCCAGUCGGAAGACGUCCUUCCCACCAUUGAAUCUGUGACAGACAGGCAAGUUCAGUUCUUGGGGCUGACGCUGGAUGCCACCAAUGCAGAAACAGCCUUAUAUAUACUCUUCUUGCUCUUGAUUGUUGGUGUCUGUGGACUGGCAUUUACAUUGUAUAAAUUUUGCAAGGUGUCUAAAAAAAGUCCAAGAGGUACAGGGCAACAUGAAUUGAGUCAAAUGUAGGGUUUGUUUCUUCCAUAAAUAUUUAAGCAGAGCUAAAGCACUGUGGAUUUCUUUGCAUAAGGUGGGCUGACUCAACAAAACAGACCAUAAAAAAAAUGUGCUUCUGACUUUUCCUGGGGCAUCUGAGAUACUGCCCCAAGUUUUCUCCCUGAAAACUUAACAUUAAGAUAUUUUGGUUUCCAUUAAGACCUUUCAGUCAUCUAAUCUAUUAAAAUGUUGUCAUGGGAGGAAGAUUGUCACACCAUAAGGCUUUUAUUCACCAACUACUUUGGGGGGAUUUCCCAUGUAGUCAGGCAUUUGGAGAGGAUGUAGAUGGGAGAGCACCAAAAAAAAAAAAAGUUCCAUUGGCUUGUGUCCCACCUAAGAAAAGAUGUUCCAUUUAACCAUUUAUUUUCACACAGACAUAGGCAAAAGCCAUCAUGAUGCUAUUGUUCAGAACCAAACUUAAAAACCAAACAAAACACCAAAUUGGGUGACUUGUUUUAAAAGCUCUGGAGUUGUCUUACUGACCUCACACUUUGAAAAGUCUCCCCACCCCUACUUUCUGGCAAAGAAUAAAAAAGGCCUUAUGAAUGCUA